AUGGCCUCUAUGGUACCACUGAAGGAGAGGAAGCUUGUGGAUAUAAAACCGGAGGAGCUGCCCAGCUGGAAACUGAUGCUGGAGUUCACCCUGAGCGGCAUCAGAGGAGCAUUCCAGGGAGACUACUACUUGUACAAAAAGGAGUAUGUCAGUGUGAAGAAGGGGGUAAUCUCCGGGCUGUCCAUGGUCCUGACAGUUUACGUGGUGGUCAGCUACUGCCUUUCUGACAAGGAGCUCAAACAUGAACAGUUACAGAAGUACCACUAA